AUGCAGCACAUGGCUGGGGCCGGCCAGAUGAUGCAGCAGCAGAUGAGGAAAGGGUCUCACCCUCAGCUCCAGCAGAUCGUGUAUCAGAACCUGGUCCAGCACACACAACCAUUCACCAGCCUAUGCUGGCAGUCCAAUGUCACUGUCCUUGACCGUCUUGGUAAAACCAUGAACCUCAUCACCAACAUUGCACUCGCCAUGAACGGUUAUGAUCACUUGAAGGCAGCCGAAUUUGGCUGCAACUUUGAGCGCAGCGUGUUUCACGAAUCCCCGACAAAGGAAGCUUACGAGCGGGAGAUGACCAACAAGAUGGUCGAGUUUUACAAACAACGAGAGGCCAACGGAACCAACAUUACGAACAAACUGAACGCCAACGCGCAGGCUCAAGCCCAAGCUCAAGCCCAGGCUCAGGCUAUGAUGCAGAUGCAGAUGGGACGCGGAAUGGGGCAAGGCCCUCAGCAAGGCUUCCAGCCGAUGCAACACCAGCUCCAGCCCGGUCAGAUGCCCCAGCAACAGCAACAAAUGCCGAUGGGCAUGAACAUGGGAGGCAUGGGCAUGCCGAACCAAGCAGGUCGCGGGAUGGGCCCGAAUCAACAAAUGAUGGGAAUGCCAGGAGGACAGAACCGACAGCAGGCUUUCCCUCAAGAAAUGGCGCGAUUAUCAGCACAAGACAAGGCCAAGGUUGCCGAACUUGCCACAAAGAUCAUGAGCAAUGCCACUGAAGAACAGAAGAGCGCGACCAGGAUGCAACUCUCAAAAGGACUGAGUCCCGCUCAACUUGCCGAGUUUCAAGCCCAAGGGAAGGAUCCGUUAAUUUGGUUCUAUCAAAACCAUGCUUUCCAGAUUCUCAAAAACAACAUGGGCCGACUGCAGCAGCAACAGCAGCAGAGAGGUCAACCGCAGCAAGGCAUGGGCCAGAACCCUAACAACCCCCAGGCGGCUAUGAUGCAACAGCAGGCAAGCCAGAAGUCCCUUCACCAGCAGGGCCAACAACCCCAGCCUCAACCUCAGCAACAGCUCCCCCAGCAGGGUCAGCAGCAGGGCCAACAGCAGCAAGGGGUCAAUGGCGCGCAAGGAGGAAAUGACUUUACCUCGUUCACUCCUAACAUGGACAGUAUCAAAGACCAGCAGAUGAACGGUCUCAUAGCCCAGCAAAACGGUCAGAUGGUUGUACCCGCGAGCAGCGGACCGAACCGCAAUCCUACACCGCAGCCCAUGGGCCAGAACAUGCCUAACCAGCAAGGUCCAAACCAAGGCGCCCGUCCCCCUCAGCAACAACAGCAGCCACAGCAGAAUGUGAAUCUCCAGCAGAUGAAGAUGAACCAGGCCGCUCAGUCCCAGAGCCAGGCUCACAUGAAGUCGAUGCAAGGCCAGGCUGGCGUUGGUGGAAACAUGCAGCCUUCUCAGAGCCCUGCCAUGAAUACCCUCAAUACUCCUGUUUCGCGACCGCCGAACGGCAUGAACCCGAUGGGCAACCAAGCUGGCGUCCAGUUUGGUGAUCAACGGUUCAAUCAGGGAGCUCAGAGACCAAACAACCAGGCCUUCCAGAACAUGCUCGCCAACCUUUCAUCAGAACAGCGUGCGACCAUCAGCGGUUUGGCUCCGGAUCAGCUCAACGAGGUGAUGCAACGAUGGCAGAAUCGGCGACAGGAGAACAUGGCAAUGAAUGGCCAGGGCAACCCGGGGCAGAUGCAGAACCGACCUCCAGGCCAGAUGGGCCAGAUGAACCCCAACAUGGGUGGGCAAAUGCCUGUCGGCAUGCAACAGCCUGGCGGCCCGAUGAACGGCAACCAGCCACAGAUGCCAAUGCGUAUCCAGAACCCACAGGCGGUCGCCAUGAUGGACACGAUGGAUUUGCCUCCUCAAGUUCUACAACAUCUGAACCAAGUUCCUCCUGAGGUUAAGAAGUGGGGGCAGCUUAAGAUGUGGCUCAACCAGAACAAUGUUGGUCAGAAUGUUCGCAACCAGUUGGCAACUGUGCAACAGAGGCAGUUCCAGCUCAUCCUCCAGAGGCGCAAUAACAUGAUGCCACAGCAGCAGCAACAGCAACAGCAACCGCAGCAGCAGCCUCAGCCCCAGCCUCAGCAACAACACCAACCCCAGCCGCAACAACAGCAGCCUCAACCCCAGCAGCAGCACAACAGCAACCGCAGCCUGGCCAGCCUAACAAUGCGAACCCUGGCAUGCAAAAUCCUGCAAGUGGCCAUGAACGUUCCACCCCAAUUGCUUCAGGCUACUGCCCAAGACCUUGCGCAAGUUAGGAGCCAAAGGCCAACACUGGCCAACAUCCCAGAUGAACAGCUGCGUGCUAUGGUCAUCCAGAUGAAGAAGCAUUCUUGGAUGCAGCAGCAACAGUUGCGAAACCAGGCGCAAGCCCAAGCUCAGGCCCACGCACAAGCCCAGGCGGCUCGCAACCAGGCCCAAGGUCAAGGCCAGCAGCCUGUUCAGAACCAGAUGGGUGUUCCUCAAGCGCAGAUGCAGAUUCAGCAGCCGCCACAGCCCACUCAGACUCCACAGCCCCAGAACAUGCAGGUGCCAGAUAUGGGACAAAAUGCUACUCCUCAGACAACUGGCCAGAGGCAGCCGAGCGCGACCCCCGAACAGACACGAGGUCCUCGACAGCAAACGGCCAACAACCGGGCCCAGCCUCCCAAUCCAUCACCGGCGUCAGCCCCAAAGAACCUGAAGCGACCCAGCAACGAUGAGAAUACCGACGUUCCUGAACCUGCCAAGCCAGCACCGACAAGACCUGCUUCUCAGCCGAACCAACAACAGCAAAUGCCUCAGCAGCAGCAACAACAGGGACCCAAGCAAAUGCCGAACCUUGCUUCGCUCUCACCAGAACAAAGGGCCAAGUACGAGCAGUUGAUGAGAAUGCAGAUGGCGAACAGGAUGGGCAACCAGGAUGAGAUGGAGCGCCUCAAGGCAAUUGGACAAGAAGAGCAGCGGCAGGCGUUGCAGGAGCCUCUGACCGACAUCCCUAUGUCGCCACAGGAGCAUGCUGAGACGGCGAACAGACUGCAAAGGAUUGUCCUUGACAUGAACAAGAUUGGUCGUGGGCUGCGCAAGUGGUAUAGCGUCACUCGCGAUGAGGCGCGUGCUAGGAUGUUCUUCCGAACACGAUGGCGGAUCAUGAAACAGUUUGCGGACGGUGAACAGAUGAAGGUGCUCAAGGAGACAUUCAGCAUUCGGUGUGCUGAGAUCGACCAGGCUCGGGCGAUGCUGGAGAGUAUGGCUAAGGAUCUCGCUGCUAGUGUUUACGCAUCUCAAAAGUAUGGCGAGAUGCAGCGACAGCAGCAGGCACAGCAAGCACAGCAGGCGCAGCAGCAGGGAGGCCAACCAGUUGCUUUGAAUGCUGAGAAUCUGCGUAGAAACUCGCAGGCUCAGGCCACCGCCCCUAAGGGUGGCAACAAGGCCGGCCAAGCAGCAGGCGCUUCGACUACGGCCCAAUCCUUCGCGUUUGGUGCCUUGUCACCUCACGGCAACCCCAACUACGGAAAGCCCCCCAAGGAUAUGAACCUCCAGAUACCCCCUGCGCGCAAGAAGCAGAAGACUACCGGGCAGACACCGCAGGGCGCCACUCCAUCGCCGCAAAUCAGCAAGAAAUCAUCACCUGAUAUGCGAAGAGCGUCCGAGUCUCAGGCGCCCCCCAAGCCAGUACUUCUCUGCAAGGAGCCAGAAUGCGAGCACUCGACUGUUGGCUUCCCUAACGAGCAGGCUCUCCAGAACCACAUCCAAGAAGAGCACACCAAGCCGCAUGAGGAUCCUAUGGGGUUUGUGCGGGACAACCUGGCUUUGGCUCUGGGUCUGGAACCCGACGGUACCGUGAAGAAGGAGAAGCUGGAGGCGCCGGCCAUGAGCAUGACCAACUCCAAGCAGGGUCAAACCCCAGCUACCAUGACGGCGACGCCCAUGUCUGGCGAUGGGAUGAAACGAUCGGCUAGUAGCAUGGGCAAGCCCCUAGACAACAAGGCGGGCAGCAAGACUGGCGCUACGCCCAAGCCGGUAGACAACAAGGCUGUCGAAAGCAUUGUCAAUGACCCAUGGGCCGGCUCGACGAUUGAUCCUCAAACUCUGAUGCAGAAUCUGGGUCUCGAGAAGGGAAUGGGAGUGGGCUUUGGCGGCACUUUCGACCCAACUCUCUACCGAUCGACGACACCCAAUGACACACCAGAUUCGGCCAAGGAGGGCAGUGAACCAAACAGCGACAUUUCGGAAGGCGUAAGCCUCGACAUUGGACUUGGCUGGGCGAGCCUGGAGCCUGACAUGCUUCUCAACAUGAACAUGGGCAACGCCAGUCUGGACGGCAACGCUGAGCUGGACAUGAGUGCUGUGCUUGAAGAUGCGGGCCUGGACCCUUCGAUGUUGAUGGAGCCAUCAAGACAGGCACCCGACUGGGACGAGGUUCAGGUGGACUUUUCGAAGCCUUUCCAGAUGGAUCCGAGCCAUUACUUUAUGGCAACGACUACUUCUUGA